UCGCAUAUUCGAUUUGUAAACUUGUUCUUGAUGUAACCCAAAGGUGAAAUAAUCUUUCAACACUUGGCGUACAACCAUAAAAUCAAUACAAAUUAAGGGUAGGUUGAAAUUAGUUUAAUUGCUAGGUUUUGAAAAUAAUUAGAAAUAGUGAAUGGCAUUUUACUAUGAUACAGUGUUCAAAAUCGAACUACAAAUGAGUUGUAGUUUAGUGGAAAUUAAUUUUGUUAAUAAUAAUAGUCCUCCAUGUUUGAAUUACCCAACCUGCCACUUAUAUUCACAUACACAAAUUAAAAAAAUGACAGUAGAGUAAUCAUUUUUACAAAUUUCAGGGGUGUCCCUCACUAUCAUUUAUAAUUUUUUAUCCAUACGUAAAUUACCACCGUGGGUUGAAUAAUCGUUUUUCCAAAAUUCAGGGGUGUCCCGGGACACCCCUAAAGCCUCGUGUGUCUGCCCCUGCCAGUGCUGCACACCUAGACCAACUCUGUCACAUCGCCAUUGUUAGGUAAUUAGAAGGAUCGCUGAUUCUUGUGUAGAAAAGCAACUCAAGCUUCUUGUUUUAUAUUGAGAGUUUACAGAGUAUUUAUAGAUCAUACAAAAGGAUUAUACAGACAAACACAUUAAUUACAUAAUCUCAAAAUAUCAUGUGAAUCUCCUUGUGAUUUGGUUGAUUCGGUGCAUGAUGGAGGAAUAGUGAUUGUGGGGCAUGAUAUUAACUAAUUCUGCUAACACCCCCUCUCAAACUCUAGGUGGGGACGAAGACACCAACUAGAGUUUGCCAAUUAACCAUGAUGAAUCUGAGCGUGAAAAAUUGGAGCGAUGAAGAUGCCAUGAUGAAGGACAUGAAACAGACUGUAAAUCUGAUCACAUCCCCGGUGAUAAGGGGCAUACAUAGUAUGCAGACUUGAGCGUUGAAACAAGGCCAAACAUCUUAAAGAUGUGACAAUUUACUGAAGAAAAUUUUGGGCAUCUUUCCAGAAGAAUUUCAAGAUUUCAGGUAUCAUAUGGGAAAAUUGACUCAAGGAUUUAAUGAUAAUAAGUCAAAAAGAUUUGUCACCUGUAUAGGGAAGCAGGAAGAUGGAUGGCCGAAAGAAAGAUACAUGUGUGGGACAAUGCUCUUUAUGAGUUUAUUUUUCUAAUAAUAAAGAAAGGGCAUGAAGAAGAUGCGUGGAGUAGUGGGUUUUAUAAAGGUAAAGAUAUUGUUUUUCUCAACGGAGAGAUGUACUUGGUGGUGAUAGACCGAAUCUAAAACGAACUAGGGAAACAGAGAGAGUCUAGAGGACUACCAGCAGACCCGACUAUGGGACGAUAGAGAAGUGAAUCGAUGAUCGGGCAGGUUGAUCAGCAGCAGGGUUGGGUUCGGGAGUUGGAGCAGGAGAAGCCGAUUGGAGCUAUGCAAGAGGUGGAUUGGUCGAUGGUGGCGAGCUUGCUGGUUGGCGGUUGUGCGAAGACCAGAGGAAAAACAGAGGCUGUGGUGGGGCAGAUCUACAAAACAGACGGGAAAGAGCAACAUCAAAGGCGGGCAGAGAGGCAACAGGUUUACGCUAGAGGCAGACGAGAACAACACCAACGACAGGAAGCUAGAGGCAACAACGGCAACGGGACCAACAGUGGUGACGGGGACUCACCGAUCUAUUGAACGGCAAGACUAAUGCAACAAGGCAUCAAUGAGAAACAGAUGUUGUCGAUACUUGAAGCUGAGGUUGUUUAGGCAGUGGCAGUCUUCAGAUCAACGGUUGCGCAAGAACAAAGUCCGCGAGUGAAAGUCGAUGAUGACAGGCAGCAAGUAAGCAGAAACAAGUACUGGGAAGUGGACUCAAAGAACAUAAUGAUGAAGGUUGACAGAAGAGUGAAGAAAUUCAGAGGAAGGCAAAAGGUUAGAACUCAAGAAUGGUUUAGAAACUCAACAGCGGAAUCUUUUCUUUCUUUUCUUCUUCUUGGUCUCUCCAUUACAGGAAUUAGAUUCAGGCUCUGAUACCAUGUUAGAUAAUUAGAGGGAUCGCUGGUUCUUGUGUAGAAAAGCAACUCAAGCUUCUUGUUUUGUAUUGAGAGUUUACAGAGUAUUUAUAGAUCAUACAAGAGGAUUAUACAGACAAACACAUUAAUUACAUAAUCUCAAAUUAUAUUGUGAAUCUCCUUGUGAUUUGGUUGAUACGGUGCAUGAUGGAGGAAUAUUGAUUGUGGGGCAUGAUAUUAACUAAUUCUGCUAACAACCAUCAUCGUUCUCAACACCAAGACGCCCUUUCAGACCACCAUCGUGCCAAUGGUCGUCGGCUCCGGUUGUUGUGGAAGGAGGAGAAAAAGGAAUAAUUUGGUGCUCCGCUGGUCAUCUGCGUCGCCGCUUCUUCUUCAAGAAAGAAACAAGUUGCUUUGUUCUUUUUUUUCUUUCUUCUUCGUGUGGCAGGGAGAAGAAGACAUAAAAAGAGAGAAGUUUGGGUGGCUGGGAAGAGGGGAAGAAGGAAAAGCAACUAAAAAAUCAAAAAGAUU